CGGACCGCAAGUUGCACCUGGGGUCUUUGUUUCCGAGUAUUUGUAUCUAGUGUAUUCCUUGACAGCAGACAGCGAGUCCUCCAGCUCAGGCGGGUCAACCUCUAGUUACGAGCUUACCGCCUUUGUCAAUCUGUGGUAUAAUUUUAAACUCUGAUGGAUUUCUCCUGGUCCACUCCUCUUCGUCGGAAUGGUCAGACUACCUUGCCUCUCAUCCCAAACGAAAUAUAUCUUGAAAUUUUUGAGCUCAUUGCACCAACCGAUCAGCCACUGCAAGAGAAACACGUCGAAACCUUCUCGGCCCUCGCACUCGUGUGUCGGUUUUUCUGCUCCGUCGCGUUGCCGCGUGUCUUCGAACGUGUCAUAUUCUCGGGGGACACCAACGGCAACAGCAUACAGGCUUCACGCAAGACGAAAUGGGCCAGACAAAUCGUGGCAAAUACUGAGCCAGCCAAGUCAGUUGCACUAUACGUCAAAGAGUGCACUUUCGAACUUUGGCUUGACAAGGAGGCGGAGCGGCUCCUCGUUCCGUUUGCAACGCUAUAUUGCAAAGCAAUGGCACGCAUGUCCAAUAUUCGAAAAGUAGUCUUCUCUGCUUCGUUUGUGAAGAAGGAUCAUUGGGAAGCGCUAGCACAGUUGAAGCAGCUCGACGUCCUUGAGUUCUAUGGGUGCUCAUUCAUAGAAGAUCCGCCCGAUAAAGAAUUGACCGUUCGUAAUGUCGCGCUCUUUCGUUCUCCAACUACCUUCACCCUUCGGCCAAUCGCAACUACUUCCUUGCGCGCGCUCAAGGCAGAUGAUGUAGAGGUCGUCCUGAAGAUCGUGGCGUUUCGUCAGCUUGCCAUCGACAAUUUGCUUCUCAAUCAACAAAUUUUCGACAUGGAACCUCUACUUCAGGUGUUUGGGCAUCUGCCUGGCCUCCAGAGCGUAACCUUUGGAGUCAGCAAAAACGCGUUGACUUCGCCGCUCGUUGGCAAGCUUUCGCUGAAAAAGCUCUUCACUCGCUUGCAUUCUUUUACUAUAAAUGGAAUUGGAUUCUUUGUGCUACAGCAUGUCGUGGAGAUGCUGGUAUCCACUCUCUGUGAUGGACCUGGUACCCUUCCUAGCUUGCAGGAACUCAAUCUUUACAUCGAUACAGCCAGUGGAUGGACAACGAAGAUGGCAACGCUCGAUAUUGUCUCUGGCCGCUUGAACGGGAUGAUAAUCCCAGCAUUUCCCAAUGUGAAGUGCAUUAAUACCUACCGCAAAUUUAUACGCUUGGAAGAAGGCGACUGGAAAGUACACCACCACUCGAGUACAUAUGCCACAUUGUGUAGGAUAACGUCGAGAGUCGGUAAUUUCAAGACAUUGUAG